AUGUUGCAUGAUCUAGUUGCUGAAUGUGCUACGAGACAUCCAGAUGAAGUGUGUCUUAUCUUCGACUCUGGGCAUAGCGAGGCAGGCAGCCAGGAGAGGAUCACAUACUCUCAGUUGUGGCAGCAAGCCAUGGAGCUCCGAUCUGCUUUUGAAAGUCUCUCAAUCAGCAAGCAGAUUGUUGGUGUCUAUCUUGUGGAUGGGAUCAAUGUGCCCGCAGUACUUUUAGGGCUUUUAUCCAGCUCUUGUGCGUUUCAUCCAUUUAACAUCGAGGGACUAAACUAUACAUGUAAAGCUUUGAGACAAGCUAGAGCAUCGUGGAUUCUUGCACAUUCACAGUUAUCAAAGCAGCUAAAACCCUUGUUGACCCAACUUGAAGGAAUUGAAGUGCCAUCAGAUAAUCUCAGCAAGCAUGGGCUGCAGCUCUACAAGAUUGUUCCCAGUUCUGUGUCAUCAGUGUCCACAGGCCAGCAGUUUAACCUAGCCUACAGCAUCACCACGUCUGGCACUACAAGCACUCCCAAAGUGGUCCUUGUACCUCAUGCUUGCAUUGUACCCAACAUUAUAGAUCUCAGGCAACCCCAACUCUAA